CUCUUUGAACCGGAACUUGAACAGAAGAACUACACAAUAGUAAAGAUGGCAGCCUCCAUGAAAACCAAAAUCGCAAACUAUGUAGCAGGCACAUCUGACGAUGACGCCCUAAGGGAGAUCGCUAGCGAUCUUAACAAGAAAAGCCUCAAGUUUUUAGAAUUUAUAGAAGGCCUUGGGGAGUUUCUGACCAAUGUGGACACUGUAGUCAGAGGCAGAGCUACUGGGCUGAUAGGACAUGUUUUGAAUUUUUUGCCCCCAUCCUUCCUAUCAAGUGAUCAAGUUGAGCUCGUGGCCACUUUUCUCAUUGCCAAGUUGUCAGAUCAUCAUUCAGUACAACCACAAGCUUUACAGACUCUGGCAAUUUUGACUAGUCGCUGCAAUUCUUUACCAAGUGGACUGCCACAGUUGAUCUGUAGAUCUAUUUUCCGAGAAGUUCAGAACCAAAGUUUGUCCCAGUCAGACAGAUAUGCAACAUAUACAGUUCUACAGAAUAUUCUAGGAUAUUCUUUUCCAGAUGUGGAGGAAAUGGGUGGUGACUUUGUCAUUGGUUUUAUUCAACAAAUGGAUUCUGAGAAAGAUCCGAGGAAUCUGAUGAUUGCCUUCAACUGCGCCCAGUUUAUAAGCUCAAGGCUCCAUCUAGGGGCAUUUACUGAAGAAAUGUUUGAAGUCCUUGGCUGUUAUUUUCCAAUAGACUUCACUCCCCCAGCAAACAAUCCCCAUGGAAUCACCAAAGAAGAUCUUAUUCUAGCUCUAAGGAAAUGUUUCUCUGCCACUGUCGACUUUGCUCAGCAUUGUGUACCUCUCUUGGUGGAGAAGAUGACUUCUGACCUCCAGUCCGCCAGGAUGGAUGCAUUUCUCACAUUGACAGAAUGUGCCCCUGUUUAUGGUCGGAAUGGCGUUGCAGAAUUUCUUGGCUCUAUAGUUUCUUGUGUGAAAAGAGAGGUAUUAAUGAAUUUGACAGCCGAAUUAGUUGAAACAGCCAAAGCCUGCGUUGUGGCUGUUUUCACUGCAAUGACCCCGAAGGAAGAUGUAAAUGCGAGCAAAGAUGAUGCUGUGACUACCUCUGCUGUUGAACUCUACCAAGAUGUCAGCAAGUUUUUGGAAGGCUCAGAUGUCACAAAAGGUUGUCUAGCGUUCUCUCUAUGUCGGGCUGUGGCAAGUUCUUCUCCUUUGGCAUUCUGCGCCAUGACACCUCUGGUACUGCCUGUCUUAAUACUGCAAGUCAAAAAUCAGUCACAGGUGUCCGUACAGCAUUCAUACCUCAUGGAGCUUUCGGGUUUUGCUCAACAAAUUGUGAAAUUCAGUACAAACAGCGAAUCUGCCAAGAGUGUUUCAGAGUACAUCGGUCCGGUCUGUGAUGUGUUUGAGGAGUUACUUGCUACAAAUGCCCAGGAACUGCAGUCACAGGCAGCACAGUCCUUGUCAACCUUGUGUAAAACAGAACAAUUUGGAAUUUCUCAGGAAAAAUGUGUAUCAUAUCUGAAACUUAUGGCAACGCGAGCCAUGCACACAGUGGAUACUGCGCAGAGGAAGUUAUAUCUGUCUAGUGUUCAUGAAGUUUUGAAGCAGCGGCCGAAUGCAAGACCUGACAUUACUGAAUUGACAAAGGCUGCAAUCAAAUCAGGUGAAGCAUCUUAUGCGCAGGAAGUGUUGGUUGCCACGGUGACUGAUGUGAACUCUUUUACUGAUGUUAACAAUUUCUUCCUCAAACACAUUUCACAAGCAGGCACAGAUAUCGCUGAUGUAUCUGGCCAUGCAGAGUCUGUGAGGGAGCUCUUAUCGCAGCACGUCUCUGACCCAGAGGUCAUGGCUGUGGUGCUGGAGCAGUUGGCUUUUCCUGUUGUGAUGUCAGUCGUGACUCACAGCUGUCAGUGGAAAGAUGACGACAAGGAGAAGGUCUCUCAACUGCUCACUGUCGUCAGCAAUAUCUUGAAGAUAUUGGGCUACUCCAUGCAAAAAGGGGAUGUCACCAAACUGUGGGAUGCAUUGCAGAAGUUCUAUCUCCUGGGUGAUGCUCAUGCUAUUGGUUUGUCUGGAGAUUUUCCUGCUUUGACUCCUUUGCAGCCCAAAUCUCCCUGGCAACAGACGCGACUCAUCGCUUUGUUGGAGGGAUUUGUGGAGGGGGUCAACAUCCAGUGGACUGUGGAAAAUAGGGAAGCCGUGUUCGAAUCUGCCUUUGGGUUUGCCUUGUCUUGCGAAGAUGAGUUUUCUCACAUUGCUGCUUGCAAAAUUGUAGCAUCAAUGGUGAACAAAGCCCCUCUUGGUGCUCAAAUUCAUUGGUUGCUGGAACCUGUGAUGGAGAAAAGUAAGUCUGCGAUGAGCAGCAACAGUGGACAGUCGGCCUCCUGUCUGCGUGCCCUCACUCUGUGGAUCUGGCUCACCAAGGCCAUGGAGUGUCGCUCUCAUUCUGCCGCUGCUCUCUUCUCUUCUCAUCUUGUAUCUGUAGUGGGGGAUCCGAAUCUAGGACCUGCUGCUGCCCGAGGCCUAGGUCAUGUGGUGCAGGAUGGGGACGAUAUUUUCACCACAAAGCUCAACGGAAGCACCACACCCUUGUACAAACAACGGUUUUUCACUCUUAACUUUAAACAUCUGUUGGAAGGCUAUGAACAAGCAAAGUCUCAAGAAGUGAAACAAAACUACUUAACAGCCAUAUGCUUGCUGACAUCACAUCUCCCCUUGCAGGUGCUCAAACCACAUUUGUCCAAAUUAGUGCCCUUGCUUCUGUCAUCUCUGGAGCAAGCAGGAGGACAAGCACACAGUCAGACGUUGCUGACUUUGGGUGCUGCAGUUUCAUCUACACCAGAUGUGAUAACGCCACAUUUGGACUCUGUAGUUCCCAACUUGCUGCAAAUUGCUCAGAGAAACCAGUCUAUGAGAGUCCGGAUAUCAGCCUUGGAGUGUCUGGAGAAUCUCACUAACUUACAAAUGCUUGCCCUUGCUCCGUAUGAAAAACGUGUGGUGCGGGAACUGGGGCCUGUACUUGAUGAUCGGAAGCGUCUUGUGAGGAAACGAGCCGUGGAGGCCCGAGCUGCCUGGAUAUCACUGGAGAAUGCUUCGAAACCUUGAGAGUGCACUGUAUUAUGGUGAAGUGCAGAAGGGUCACCGGCGUGAAGACGUUGACUGUUUGCCCCUGAGACCGAGAAAAAGAUAAUGCUGUAGAAUGCAUCAUAACCCUCACUUCCAUUUUUGAACUUCACGGCAUUUAGUUCAUUUAAGAAUGACAGACUUAUUUUAUUUAUUUUCAUAAAUAUAUUAUGAUUUAUGUUGCUUGUAGAUAUGUAAUUCUUAUUUCAAGAACAAACAAUUGGAAACUACCAUGUAUAUGAGGUACUGCUGUCAUCUCCAGUUUCGCCGGGUACCGAAGAAAAGAUUAUACUUUAAAACGGCACAUUCCCAGGUGGAACACAAUUUCCUUCCUUGCCAGUGAAAAUAUAGUCUCAUCUUAGAGUUUUGCGCAGUGCCAAAGCUUACCAUUGUGCCACUGCAUCUAGGAAUUAGAGACCUGUUUUGUUCUGUUUAAUUUUAAGUUUACCAUUAUCUUUUUUUAUAGUUAAAGCUUUGGUGUGGUUUCUUCCUUCUACUUCUUUCCCUAUUAGGGUUGUUUUAAUCUGUUCUUGGUUGGAAUAAAACCUUUAGCUACGCUGACUUGCCAUAAACUAUAACUGAAUCUAUUCAAAAUUCAAAAUAUUGUGCUCAGCUGUGUGAUGUUUAGUGUGCAAAAAUGCUGAUUGGUAAACCUGAUGAUGAUGUAUGUGUUGUCACUAUGUUCAUGAGACAUAUGUGUAUCAUAACCCUUAGAGUGGGCUUUUCUUACUGACUUUAAUCCCUCCCCCUCCCCCCCUCCUUUGUGGCGGAUUAUUUUUCUCACACCACACUGGCACAGGUUAGAGUUAGAGUUGGAAAAACAGUGAUAAAAGGCACACUUCUGAAGCUAGAAACUUGUAUCAUACAUCAAACAACCACAAGUGAAUUCAACAUUUCUACUCACAUUUAUUGCUGUUAGUUUGUUUGUGUGUAUUGUUAGUAUAAUAAGUUCAACGUUUAUUCACACAUUUUAUAUGGUAAUUCUCAAAACAUUGGGGAAUGCACAAAUGUACCUUGCAGUGCUUACACCUACACUAAUAACAAGUCUGGUUCCUUUUGAAA